AAUGUCAAAAAAUAGUUACAGGAAAACAGGGUUGAAUUAUUUUUAACUUAAUUCGUCUGUCUCUUUAAUUUAUUUUAAUUAACAGUAUAGUAUUGAUGUCUUAUUAUAUUACUAUAACUGGACGUUAUAUAAUAUCUCCCACACACUUGGUGUUUGUGUAAAAAAAUGAUAUAAUGGCCUACGAGAAUUGGUUGAGUCGUAGGAAAGGCAAACAGAGUGGUAAUUUAUUUAAGUUAGACAGUAAUAAAAGUAAUGAAGAAAACAUUAAAGAAAUAAUUCAAGGGCUUUAUCUAAAGAAAACAAUUCAAAAUGAUGUUUCCCCCACCAAUAAAAAUAUACCAUCUGAUUCCAAAUUUGGGCUUAGGGGUGCUCAGAGAAAUAGUUCUGACAGCCGUAGAUUGUCCUACUUAUAUGCCUUAGUCACACUUUGUAAAGAAGAUAGAAGUAAUUUAGGAUUUACAAGUGAUGAACUCAUGACAUGCAUUCGCAUAAGUUUAGUUGAUGAAUCUAUGGUAAUCCGAGCAGCAGCAUUACGGGUUCUACGGUAUUUAAUAAAGACUGAAAGUGAUGUAGCAACAUUUAACACUUUGAAAUUGCCAUACCUUGUCACUAGAUCCAUAGACCUAAUGCUUCGAAAUGAAGAAGAGCGAGCACAAGCACUUCGAGUUAUUCGUCGAGUAGUUGCUGUGGUUGGUGCCGCGACUGGUCAGCCUACGCAGCGUUAUCGAUCGCUAUAUAUCGACCAAGGCCUACUUAGGUGUCUCAUAGCGGUAACACGAUCAGGGAACACCGUUGAUGGAACAGGGGAUAGGCUCUCAAGACCUGCUAUUGCUGCAUUAGCUGAAAUAUGUGUGUUAAAUCCGGAGCUUUUCAUAUCGUGUGGUGGUGUAACGGCUGUUACUAGACAACUGGCCGAGUGCGCUACGCCUCACAUGGCGGAGGCCCUCUGCGGCGUCCUAUUGCACACGCUUAACGACCCUGUGUCCAGACUAGCCGCUCGAAUCGACUUGACAUGUCUCAGUUCACCAUACUGUGACUUCCAUUUUCGACCAGCUGGCACAGAUACUAGCAGGGAUGAGCGAGAGAUGCGAUUUACUUGUAGCCGAUUGGCGUUACUGUGUGUGUUGCGCAGUUGGCCGGGUUUAUUGCACUUUUGUCACCCUCGCAUUUCUGGCGGCUUACACGCGCUUGUUGCUGCUCUGUACUUACCCCGACUGGAGGUCCGAAAAGCUAUUUUAGAUCUGCUAUAUGAAUUGGUGGGAUUGCCGCAGCCUGAAUGGACUGACGAAAUUUCCGUUGCUCUAGAUGCCGUAGAUCCAUCUGAUUUUCAAGACUCUUGGAGGUUAAAUGAGGGUUUUGUGGCUGCUGAAGGCACAGCAAUUUUACCUCACCUUAGCGCAACCGGCUCCGAUAUAAGUGAAAUUCAUCUCGCUUUAUUACUUCAAUGCUUUCUUGAGGCUGGACUAUUAGAUGGAUUAGCUGAAGUGAUAGUUACAAGUGACACGUUUAUAUCGGUUAGAGCUACAGUUUUAUUAGGUCAAUUAUUACAUUUAAUACACUUUUUUCUACCAUCACAAAUAUGUAGUACCUCCCCCGCCCUUCCGUCGUUGAUGUCUCAAGCGUCAACGGGGAAACCUCAAGCACUUGCGGCUAUCGCAGCGUUACGAAGAUUGCAUUCAAUGCUCGAAGCGAGGCCUGCAAGCAGCAGUUUGUUCCUAGACCAUAUUAUACAGUAUUGUAGUGGUGCAUUUAAAGAAAAAAUCGAAGAUACAACUAAGAGCCGGAAGGAAAAAGAUAACGCUAACAUGGCGAAGCCCAAAAUCGACACCACUGUACAUAAAGACAACAGUUUAGAGUUUUUGGAUGAAUCCGAUAACGAAAACGAGCCGAAGCAAAGGCAUAGUAUAGGUUCACGUGCCGAUGUGGCAACAAGGAACGUCGGCGCGUUAGUGAAAAGCAAAAGCGUCAGUUCUAGGACCAGUGCGGCUGUUAGUAAAGUGACGAAAUCUGCGAAACUGAAUAGACUGAAGCUUUUCGAACGCGACAGUGACAGUUUGAUAAGGUGUACAUUAGUCAUGCAAAACAAGGAUGGCAACACGUGGAAUUGGGAAAUAAUAAGAACAAUUUUGAAGGUAUUUCUAUGA